CAUGAAUUAAAUAAAUAGAAUACUUAAUUUCGAGGGUAAAGUCACGUGUGAUUUCCCCCCGAAAUAAACAUAUAUAAUAUAUAUACUUUUCUACUUUUUUUACUUUUUUUCUUGUACAUACUCACAGUGGUGUUGUUCCGUUGUUCAGGCAAGUGCUUUGAGGAAUGAUGUCAACAUCGACUGUUUUACCGACAUGCGACAUACACAAAUGACUUCGUGUUUAUGCGAACUAAUAUAACCUAGACUGACCCCAAUACUGUAUUAUUUACUACUUGUAACUUAGUACUCAUUUCUUUAUACUAUAACUAUUCCUGUAUUAUAUUAACACACAUAUAACUAUGUCAUUGUUAAUACCUCUGGCUCGUGAUCGUGUAGAUGCCCACGAAGAUUUGGACCAAGAUGACAUCUACUUUCAAAAACUCCUAGAAGUAAGUGAUAAACAUAAUUUUACAUGGACAUUCGAAACGGUUCCUGGAUUUUUUGUCCAGGCCGAUCCAGAAAAGGAUGACUUAUCAUUCAGAUAUACUGAAGAAAACUUUGGUAUUACUAAACCAUGGUCGGAAAUAAUUAAAGAAAUUGAUAAUUUAAAUAAAAAUUCCCUGGAUAAUAUAGAAUAUAAAGUAUUAUUUUUAGCCAGACAUGGUGAGGGAUGGCAUAAUAUAGCUACUGCUAAAUAUCUGAAACAAGAUUGGUUUUCUAAAUGGAGAUAUAUUGGAACUGAUGGAGAAAUAGUUUGGGGACCAGAUGCAAAUUUAACAACUUUAGGUAUAGAUCAAGCAUUAGAAAAUAAACAAGCAUGGAAUCAACAAAUUAAAAAUGGUGCACCAAUCCCAUCAAAAUUUUAUGUAUCACCAUUACAAAGAUCACUUCGAACAUUACAAUAUACAUGGGAACAUCAACCUAUACCUCGACCAGUUGUUGUUGAACAUUUACGAGAAACUAUUGGAGUACAUCUUUGUCAUGAAAGAUCUAAAAAAUCAGAUAUACAAAAUCAAUUCCCAAUGGUUGACUUUGAAGAAAAUUUCCCAGAACAUGAUGAAUUGGCUAAACAAUUCUCAACAAAAAGAGAAGAAUUAAAUGAACAAUUCUUAAGAAUUAAUCGAGUAUUACAAGAUAUUUUUACUAAGGAUAAAGAUCAUCAAUUUAUUUCUAUUACAUCACAUGCUGGAACAAUUCGAGCAUUCAUAACUGUAAUUGGUCAUAGAAAAUUUACUAUACCAACAGGAGGUAUGAUACCUAUAGUAGUUAAAGCUACUAAGACGUCCUAGUUUGGUAGCGCGCGACUUUUUUCUAAUGAGAUGAUGUAUAAUUUUUUUUUACGAUACAUAAAUAUAGAUAUUUACAUAGAGUUUACUAU